UCCUGGAUUUAAGAGUAUUCUUUUUGUACAAGCAUUAGGUCAGCCAGCUAAACUCUUAAGUGUCCUCUCGGUUAAUGUUCAGUGUGGCCACUGGCCAGUGGCCAGUAGUCUCAUCUGCACAGUGCAAUGGGUGGAGCGUAUCCAUGGGUUACCGGACGGGACAAGGGUGCAGGAGCAAGCAGAGUAACCCUCUAGACCUUUUUAAAGGAAAGACAAGCCAACUGCUGGUCUACAUUUACUUAAUGAAGAAAGAAACCACCUCUGUCCAGGUUGGCAACAGUGGCAGAAGUCUUUUCCACUAACGGACCCCGUGGACGAUAUGAUACCUGGCUGGCAUCGACUCCCCCAACCUGGGAUGGUUGACCUUCAGGCCUUCCUGGACUCUGAGCAGCGGAGGAGAGAUCUGGAUGUCAGUCUGGCUCAGGUCCAAAAUGCCCUGCAGGAACAGAGGGUCAGAAUGCUCCAGAGAAUGGGCCCAGGGCGCCGACAUAAACUACCCCAGAUACUUGUUUUGAAUCUUGGGCAGAUCAAUCGACCAGUAAACCUCCAUCCCAGUCUGUUAUCAGAGAACAUCUUCAUCCCACCAUAUGGUGACCUUUACACAAGAGUGGGCAGGCUAGAGAUUGACUCAGAGAUCAUUAGCGCCCAACUGGACCAGGUUCUCUGUUCUGGGGGAAAGUGUCUCUACAGGACUGUACCCUCACCCCAACAGGACAGCUUGACUCCUUGUCAGAGGGAGGACCAUAGUAUGACAUCUCAGCUUAUUGCUCAAGCAGUGGACAAAGGACAACUUCUGAAAGAGCGAGACAACCUUGAGUGUCUGCUGGAGGAGUCCAGGGCCCAGCAGCAGCUGAUAGAGCAGAAGAGGGAGGCCCAGAUAGCAGCCCUUCACUCCCAGCUGUACCUGGCACGCUCCAGCCUCCAGGAGACCCACAGAGAGACACUGGCCACACAGGCAGAGCUACAUGGCAGCAAGCAGAUAAAUGAGUCCCUGCUACAGGAGGUGGCGUCUCUCAGACGGAGGCCCGGGGCUGCGGAGGAGCGGGCCUCCCUGAUGGAGAGUGACGGACGCCUGCUCAGGGCUCGCAUAGCAGCACUGGAGACUGAGCGGGAGGAGCUACUUCAACAAGGAGACCUUGCCACAGGGAGACGACGCCCCUCAGCCUUUGGGAGCGCUUGGGAAACGGAUGUGGAAGAUUCCGAAAAGUCGGAGGGGUUGAGGGAGGAGAGUGCCGCAUAUGAGAUGCGGGAAGUGGAUGAGGAAGAUGAGAUGGUACAAGGGAAGGAUGUGUCUGUGGACUUAAGACUUAAGAUCCAUGAGGUGCCGCUCUCUAAGCCUGGCCUACAGAUAAAGGAAGAGAACCAGGAUGGAGAGAAGGGGCUGGGAUUGGUCGAUCGCUGGAAUCCAUGGCAGCACGAGCCAAUAGAAGCCAAUCAAAUGACGGCGCUGGUCAUAGAGCUGCAGCAGCUGAGAACGGCCUGUGAAGAGACCUCAUCAACACUACUGGUCUCCCCCAAGGACCAGAGGGCCAGAGAGUGGCUGUAAAAGAGCUGCUCUGCUCAAGUACUGUGUGGGAGAGAUGGAGAAGGAUAGGGAGGGGCUGGCUUUCCUGAAGAGAGACUGUGGAGAUCUUCGGGUGGUACCUCCAGGAUCAUUGGCAAGAAGUAACCCACCACAUUCACAUUGAUCCUUGACUAUGUAGGCCCACAUUUCCAUAUUCUCCACAAUCAUCGACGCUUUCUUUUACAAAAACACGUCUGUUUGCAUAUGCAAUAAAGGAUGUCUGAAUCAAGACGGCAGGAAGCGA